AGCCCUCCUGUUGCUCAAUCCCUUUUCGUGUAUAAAACGACAACCAGAGAGAGCUGGAAAAGUUCAUCUCCAAGAGCCUCUAGAGCACCAGAAAUCUCAGAGUCAGACAUCAGAAAAAUGUAUCGAUUUCUAGCUCUCGGUUUUCUUCUGGCAAUAGCUGUGGCCACGUUACCUGGAAAAGCUGAUGAUGCUCUAGCAGAGCUGAGCAAAAGACUGGAGAAGUUGGAAGGAGUGGUCACUGAUAUGAAAGCAGAGAUGAUUCGUACAAAGAAUGCUUUUCGGUCCGUCCAGAAUGCUCGAACUUUUGCAACUGGCAGCAAGAACUUAUUCACCACCAACAAAAUGAAAGGGGAUUUUGAAACAGUAGAUUCCAUCUGCAGUCAUGCUGGUGGCCAGGUGCCUUCUCCACAGAAUGAGGCUGACAACAAGGCCCUUCAGUCAGUUGUAGAGAGGAACAAUGAGCAGGCCUUUGUCCACUAUCAGGGCUCUAGUUACACAAACUGGGCAGAUGGAGAACCAAGCAACGCUGACCGCACCAAGAACUGCGCAGUGAUCAAUCAAUCGGGCAAGUGGCAUGCUGCAACCUGUCAAGAGGAACACUUGGCUGUUUGUGAAUUUCCUGAUUUCUAAUAUCAGAUCCAGAGGGGGUUUAUGGAGGGAGGGCUGGUCUUGGACUAGGGAACUGGCUUCAAACCCUUACUCUAUUGUAAAUCUCACUGGUUUGUUGUGAAGCUUCCACUGGAUGACAUCCAUGUCUAUUCUUCAGAGCUUCUUGGAGGAAAAAUACAAUAUCAAUAUGAUAAAUAAAGACAUAAUUCCUACUUC